AAACUCUCUUGACUUUUGCAACCGCACAGACACGAUGUUCAGCUUACCAAGGAUAUCACUACCUUCUUUCCUUCGCGCCGGCGAAGGCACACAUCUUACUGUCGACCUUCCCUCCGUAGAAAUCCACGACAUCGAGACCUCGGCAGAGAAACGACCGCGAACCCUCAAGCAUCUGCUCAAAGCGAACCACGCCAACUACGCAAUCAUAUACCACAACCUUACUUUUCACAACCAUACACCGCACAUCCUGGGAUCGGCUUACCUUCUGGGAGGCACCGCAGAGCAUCUGAACGAGAUUUACGAGAGGGAGGCGGAAGUGCUGGAGCCUUGGCAUGAUGCGCCUGGUGAGAUUACAAAGGACGACUGGCGAGAGUUUCUGGGGAAGCGCGAAUACCAACGCGCAUUCAUUGAUUUCUUUGAAGAUCAGCUCGUGACCAAGAAGUACAAUGUCGAAGAGGUUCUCGAGGAGUUUCUGCUCAAGGGCAAAGAGCCGCUGAUCAAUGGCCUCAUUUCAGGACUUGCGCAUCCUCUCAUUCAUCUCGGCUACGCUUACGAGCUCAACUCCAAAACCGUUGCGAUAGAAGCCCUGGCGAUGGGUUCUUGCUUCUACAGCCCGCUCCAUAAAUACAUCGACGACCCGAAGUACACAAAGCCCAGCCCUCACGAGGCAAGUGGAGAUCACACCGGGCUGAUCAAUUUGUUGGACAAGGUACGUAAGGAUAAGCGCUUCGAUGGACUGUACGAUCACCGCAGCGGCGAUAUCACGAAAGUGCUGGAGGAGCGCGAGGAAGCAUUCUUGGAAUACUGGAACGCAUGGGAAAUCACAAACCCGAACAAACAGUUCCAAGCUGCUCAGGAGGUUGGCUUGGGGCUUUUGACAGGAACACCACUACCAGAGCAGGGAAAGUACGACUUCUUCCUCGUACAUGUGCUUACGAGCUCUCAUGCCAUUCGCAUCCUUCUCCCGUUGAUACCGGCCAAGUUCCAUGUCAGUCUUCUACGGCAAUGGUGGCUAUUCGCACUAGCUGUGUACAUCGCGCAGACGAGACCGGAGAUCGAUAUGAGGAGAGCGAUGACUGGUGGCGAUAGCCAGACGAAGACCUGGAAACAUGUCGUGGAUAAGGCCUUGAACGGGUCACAUUCGACUGAUGCGCAUUACGUCAAAGCAUUGCGUGCGUUGAAGGUAGCGGAGGAGACAUGGGAAACGGGUAAUAACAAGUCAAACCACUGGCUAUGUGCGGCAGUCAAGUUUGCCGAUGAUUUUGAAGGCUGGGGAGGAUUUGGAACGGCGGAAGACGAAGCAAAGAUUGGAUAUCCUGAGAAGCAGUAAGAUUUACUAUGCAAAAUGGGGAAGAUAAUGUAUGCGCAGGCCUCUAGUUUCAUGGAAAGUUCAUAACCUGCUUGACGGUGACGCGCUCACGUGGUCUGAUGUAAAAUCGGCGUGGAACUGAUCAUUCACCACUUGCUGCCUCUUGUCUGCUGACUCUAUCCCCUGGCGAUAGCCAUCAUCAUUACCCAUAGCACGCAAUACACUCCGGCACCUGACAGCAAGGACUACCUACUUCUCUCCUCUGGAAAAUCAUGAGUACCAGCCUCCGCCAUUCAGCUGCAUUCAACUGUACAAUGGAAGCGCAUCCCCUUAC